AUGUGUGACUCACGCGGCGCGAUCGCAUCCGACGAUGGAAUUGCCCGCGCCGGCUGCGAGACCAUCAUGGAUUGCCGAUUCCCACAGCGUGGGAAUAAAUCUGUCAGAGAAACUGAAUCUUGUUUUUCAGUGUGCACGAACCCUAAGUAUGCUCCAGAGACCUCAUGCGAGAUACCACGGGGUGGUCGCAAUACGCGAACGUUACGAAGAUACGGGACGAUGAAAAAUAUCUGGUAUCUCGAGCCAAGAUCCUUCGAACAAUGGGAUAUCUUCGGGACCGAGUCGACCACGGUGGACAAUUAUUAUCCCGAUUGCCGGAAGAUAAUACUUCAUCGGCGAUAA